AUUUAUUAAUUCAUUACAAUAUGUAAUAAAAUGAAGUGAUCUUAUGGAAUGGCUGAAUUGCAUAUAAUUGGUCGAAUUUCGUCCGCAAAAGAUUUCACACAAACACGACUUUUAUGCAAGUGGAGUUUUCACGCUGGUAGUGGAUGGAAAGUUUUAGAUGGUUGUGAAGAGGGACAAACUCAAGAAAGUUGUGAUCUAUAUACAAAUAAGCCAGUUUGGGACCAUCCCAUAGAUGUACACUAUACAACACAAACUCUUCAAAAUUCACCAAAACUUUUGUUACAAAUAUUUCAUAGAGAUACACAUGGAAGAGUAUUAUUUGGGUCGUAUGGUGUUUGUAAUAUCCCUUUAUCUCCUGGAUUGCAUUCAAUAAAGUGUCAUACGUGGAAACCAAUUGGUAAUUGGAAAGAUAGACUAAGAGAUAAGUUUUUGGGGAUAACUUUACAAUUAAAAUCACCAAGCGUUUUAGUUAAUUCCUUGGAUAGAUUUGAGUUACUUACAGAAAGUAUGGGUACAGUCAAAAUUGAAUUGCAUAUAAUUGCACGAAAUUUUGAAAAAUAUGGAUGUCAUCACAUAGAAACAAAAGUCAACAUGUUUACAACAAAAUUUAUGUUAAUGGUUUUAUACUUUAUAUUAAAUGAAUCAAUAUAUGCAAAGAAACUUGAAGAAAUAUUUACAUGUAUGAAUGAAACAGAAUGUGAUGAACUAAUAGAAAAGGACAUUUUAGAAGAAACUUCAAGCAUUACUGCUGAAAAUAUUUAUAACACAACUAAUAACAUUAUCAGUAGUUCUAUGUAUCCAACGCAAACUCCAAAAAUUCAAAUAAUACCAACAACAGAGAUUCCUCAUAAAAUACAGUUCAAUAAUGAAUUCAGAAACCAAAGUGUAUAUAAAAUGCAUUCUGAUAUAUGUGAAUGUGAUUUAACAAUAUCAUCUUGUGACAUUAAUUGCUGUUGUGACAAAGAUUGUAACAGUUUCCAUUUUACUGUGUUUUCGUACUGUGAAAGUCAUCAACCAGAAUUAUUUGAUAAACGUUAUUGUUAUAAUAGAAAUUUUAUACAACGAAAUAAUACUCCAUUUAUACUUGAAAAAUUGGCAAACAAUCUCUUUUGUAUUUUAUAUGAUAAUCUUCCACCUACUUAUGAUAUUAACAAUAAAUUGGAUGUAAAAACCGAAAAAGAUUUAAGGAAAGCAAUAAAUUCAAAUAGACCGACGUGGAAAUGGGAAGACCAAUUACAUGUACCUGGAUAUAAUACUUUUAGUCAUUAUCAAGAUGAUGGUAUUAUGUGGAUAGUACAUAAUAAUUAUAUUCAACCUUUUGAAAUACUACAAUCUGGAUUUACUUCAUUGUGUUCUUUUAAGAAAACUUUAAAAUAUCUUCAUGGUUGGAAAGAUCAGUGUUUGCAAACUGAAUUAAUUAACACAAAUAAGUUUUUAUUUCCUAUGGCAUUUAAUAAUUUUACAGUUAUAGUAUCUCCUCAUUUAUUAAAUGAAACAUAUAUUCAAGUAUUGGAUCAGGUUUGCCCCCAAAAUAUAUGUUUAUCUUUAACUAGUUAUUAUUGUAAACAUUAUUGGAAAACUUGUAGCAAUAAUACUGUAUUAGGAUCAUGUUCCAAUGGAAAGUGUUAUAACAUUGUAACAGGUGUAAAGUACUUGAUUGUUCACAAUGGAUCUAUGGGAAUUAAUAAUGUUGACGUAUAUUUUAACAUAGGUAAUGUUUCUCGACAUUUUUAUCAACAAUUUGAAGUAACUUAUGAAUGGGCAGAAUUGGAUAAAGAGAAAAGUUUCUUUCUGAGUGGUAAUCCUGGUUAUAUUAUUGGAAGACCGUUAAUUAUUGGCACCUUAAAAAUAAAUAAGACUAAUAAGGUGGAAACUAGAUACAUCAAUUUUAAUAAAACUAGUAGUUUUUUGACAUUACCUAUGGCUACAAAAGCUGGUGAAUGUAAUAAAAUCGAUAGGUAUACUCUUACCUUUGGAGAAGAUAUUAAGCUAAAGUGCUCUGUAUUUAUACACACUAAUAAUUUUAGUACAAUGUCCUGUAUAAAGUUACAAAAUCUUACUAUGCAUUUUUUAAUGAAAGAUUCUCUAUUUAAUAUUACACAAACAGACCAGUACAAUAUUUAUGUUGCAAAGACAGGCAAUUUUUCUAGCAAUGAUAUCACUGAUUGGACACAAAUUUUACUGGAUAGGAUACCACAAAAUACUACAGUCGCACAGGUUGUUAAUGGUCGUUUAUAUUGUUCAGGACUAAUAACAUCUGUACAUUUAAACAUUUUAUAUUCUGCUUUAAAAAAAUCCGAAACAUUAAACAAUUACAUUAUAGUAGGGAUUGGUAUUAAAUUUUCUGCAGAAUCCAAUAUGUCUUGGUCUAAAUGUUUAUAUGAAAACUGUUCAGAUAUACUUAAAACAGACAUUAUUAGUUAUGUUACAUUUCAUGAUAUAUCGAAACCAUCAAAGUAUUACUUUGCAGGAGGACCUAACUUAGAUAUUACUUUGCCAUAUGAUUUUUUUUACCCUUUUUUGAGUAGUUCAACCUGUAUUAAGUCAAGUAUCUUUUUAAUCAGUAUAAUAUCAACUGUAGCUUUGCACAAUUUAUUUUAUUGAUCUUAAUUAUUAAAGUAUAUAUUUCAUAUUUGUACUUAGGAUACAUAUUUAUUUACUAUGAUAUUAAAAGCGUGAUUUUGUACAAUUUAUCUUAUUGAUUUUAAAAUCUCAAUGAUUACACUAAUUUGUUAUCAAAAUGUAUGUUUUAUCAAAGUGCAUAAGGCACAUAUUACAAUUUAAAUUAUGCACAUGGGAUAGAAUAAAAGUAAUUUUACAUUUAUAAAUAAAAGAAGGAGAAAUCAUAUAAAAUACUAAAACUGCUAUUUUAUGAUACAUUUAAUUUAUUUUACUCAUGAAACAAUGUGUGUUUAAAAUAAAUAAAUGGAAAGUGCUUUGUAAUAGCUCGUUUCAUUCCCCUAGUAAUAAAAAAUAUAUAUAUAUUUAUAUUUUUUAAUUUUUAAUAUUUUGUUAUCGCUGAUGUAAUUAAAAAAUUUUUUUCUGAAUCUAUUAUUCCUGAAUCAAAAUCUUUUCUGCUUUGUAUGCAAAUGUAUGACAUCGUUAACUAAGUCUUGCGAAUCACUCGUAGAUGCUGAUAGGCUAUAGCAGUUUAUAUUUCGCGCCGAUUUUCUUCCGUUUCUCGAAAAUUAGCCAUUUCCGUUUUUCAAAAAGAAAAGUUUUUGAGUUGCAUUAUCACAUAAGACGAAAAGUGGAUACAUUAUUACAAACGAAGUUAUUUGGAUGCAAAUAUACUUCAUAUAUUCCAAGACACAACAUCCACGAUCAUAAAGUAGUUUGCUGUGUACCGUAGAAUGGAAAAAGUGUAAUUUAUUAUGAAUAUUUGAUGCUUGGUAAAACAUUCAAAGCUGCACUUAACAGUUACCAAUUGACGAAAAGAAAAUGAAAGAAGAAACGUUUUUCUAUUGUUACUGGUGUCAAAGCGGUCAGGAGUAAUCUUGCAGCCUGAUAAUGCUGGAUUGCACGUUAUUAAAACCACCUCUGAAACUAUAUCAAAGUCGGGAUGAGUUCUUUCUCACCUUGCUUACUUCUCAGUUAGUGUACCUUUGGACAACUACCUGUUUCAAUUAAUGCAGCGAUUUGAAAGUGUAGCUCUUCAAAGAUAACCAUGAAGUGAAGAAUUGAAUUGAUAAUUUUUUCACAUCCAAGGAAUAAGCAUUUUUCUACUGUGGAAAUAAGAAAAGGUAAUAAAAGCUAGAGAUCAUUAUUUCAAUUGAGAAAAAAUAUUUUAAUAAAUAUUUUCCGGUAAGAAAUCUGCAAAGUUUAGUCAACGAUUUAAUAACAUAUAUCUUUAUCUAUGUGCAUAUUAUUACAGAUACAUUAUCCAAUGAUUCAGUAAUAUUUUAGAAUAAUA